CGGAGCCAGGUGGCUGCGGGCGGGGCGUCGCACCUCUCUUGGACGCACCUGCUCUCAGGAGACGCGGCUGAACUGCGCCUCGGACGGCCUUCGGGGCCGAGAACCAUGAGCCCCGGGGGCACGGGCUGCUCCGUCGGGCUGCUGCUGACAGUCGGCUGGCUGCUCCUGGCGGGCCUCCCGUCCGCGAGAGGGACCAACGUCACCGCCGCCGUCCCGGAUGCCGGCCUAGCUCACGAAGGCCCGGGCGAGGGCGAGGAGGAGAUGGAGAACAACGACAGCGAGACCGCGGAGAACGACGCCGCACCUGAAACCGAGGAGGAUGUUUCAAAUAGGAACGUAGUCAAAGAAGUAGAAUUUGGAAUGUGCACCGUUACGUGUGGUAUUGGCAUUAGAGAAGUUUUAUUAACAAAUGGAUGCCCUGGUGGUGAAUCCAAGUGUAUUGUACGGGUAGAAGAAUGCCGUGGACCAAUAGAUUGUGGCUGGGGUAAGCCAAUUUCAGAAAGUCUUGGAAGUGUUAAACUGGCAUGUAUACACACAUCUCCUGUAAAUCGUUUCAGAUAUAUGUGGAAACUUCUAAGGCCAGACCAACAAUCUAUUGUACUUGAAAAUGAUUCAGCAAUCCUAGAAGUACGCAGGGAAAAUCACCCCUUGGCUUUUGAGUGUGACACCCUGGAUAAUAAUGAAAUAGUAGCAACUAUUAAAUUCACAGUCUAUACAAGUAAUGAAUUGCAGAUGAGAAGAUCAAGCCGACCAGACACUGACGCAAUCUUAGUUUUCGUAUUGACCAUAGGAGUCGUUAUCUGUGUAUUUGUAAUCUUUAUAUUGAUCUUCAUAAUUGUAAAUUGGGAAGCAGUCAAGUCUUUCUGGGGGGCAAAAAUCUUAACGCCUGAGGUACAAUCCGAGCAGAGUUCUGUGAGAUACAAAGAUUCAACUUCUCUUGACCAAUCACCAACAGAAAUGCCUGGUGAAGAUGAUGCUUUAAGUGAAUGGAAUGAGUGAUGUAUGAAUGAUAUAUAACAAACCAAAAGAUAUUACAGAAUAUUAGAUUCGUUAUUCUAAAAAUAAAAUAUAUAUUGAAAUACUUUAA